GGCCAGGAGCUGAAAGAUUUGCUAAAUCUACCCUUUGAGCAUACUAUUUUCCGUCUACAUAUAUGGACUGAGUUGCAUUUAAGCACAUACUCAUUGGGAGGGGGUGGCGUUGUUGGCGAGAUGUCAUUACUUGUGGCAGAAUGCUGGAAGCUAUCAAAUUACCUCAUGUACCUUAUGUCAGUUUGCCCUUCAAUGUUGCCGGUAAGCAGUGUUGCUCGAGAUUUUGAGCCCCUCUUCUCGGAAUGGGUCAGAGACAAUCAUAACAACUUGACAAAGGCAGAAGUGUUAGAGAAAUAUGCAAAUACUGUACUGGUAGGCAGCUCUCCCUUCAGAGACACACCUGCUUCCGUGGAAACCCUCAAGGAUUUGAAGGAGGUGUGGGCGAGGCUGCUCAUCUAUGCAGCCGGUAAGUGCCCCUUUGAGGAGCAUGCGCGGCAACUCGGCAACGGAGGAGUGGAGCUUCUCACCGUGAUUGGGUACCUCAUGAUGCAUCAGCAGCUUGGCGAUGUGGGAGAGAAGGUCGAGCUCUCACCGUCCGGUUUUCUUCCUGUACCACCACAACCAGCGUCCUUAACAGGUCAUAUGAGAGUCAGGCCAAGCGUCCACUUGCCAGUGCCAGCAUCACUCCAGCUCCAGCCGCUCUACGCCUUUGAAUUCGUCUACGAUGAUCACCGGUUGCCGACGUCCGUCAAGCCCCUCUCGUUGUCAUUACUUGGGCCGGGGGAGCCCGACAACCCCGAGCCAAGUGCGGCAACCCAAGUUACCCCGGACCAGAGUACAUCGCAACCGAGUACCUCUGGUGGAACAAAUGUGGCACUGGAGAUAGAGGAAUUAGCUGGUGGGCACCAAUAGACAGAUGCCCAGUCGUGGAUCUCUCUCUGCCUGGGGUCCAAGUCCAGCCAUCAUAGGAGGGACAAAUCCCAAUGGCUUCAUCUUCAUCCAUAUCUGAACCAGCUGUCUCUUCAUCCUCUCCGGCAGUUUAUUCCAACGGCGUGUAUGCAACAAACGUUUCUGCUCGAUUACUUUAAUUGUUAUAUUUGCCUGUAAUGCGCUGUUCGAUGAACUUUGUGUUGUGUAAGCUGCGGCUGUGUCAGGCAGCUCAGCUAGCGUGGUUUGUAUCUUCUUUUCUAAAACGAAGCGUGGUUGUAUUUUAUUGAGUCACAUGACUAUAUAUGCAUUCGCUUGUUUGGACUCAAAAA